AUGAAUAUCCCUCCGGGAGUCGAGCCUGGGUCCUCCCCUCAUGCUCCUCCGUUAUCGUCUCUCUCGUCAUCCUCUUCAUCCUACUCUUCCUAUUCCUCGUAUUCCUAUGCUUCGACAUCAAGUCCUUUGAUGAGGUCUACCUCAUCAAAUGUAUUCCUUCCAGGGCUCCAGUCCUCCUACAACAUCGUCUCCUACAUCGCCUUCUAUCUCCCAUCCUUCUUCUCUCAUCCCAAUUCAAAACCCUAUCAGAUGCUCAUUGGGGUCAAUUCGAGUCAUCUGGUUUCCUUUCGCCUCCUAGUACAACCGCGCGAGGCAGCAGAGAUAUCGAGAGUGCACUCAAAUUUAAUCUUACUGAAAGUGCACGAAAAGGCCGGACAGCUAAAAGAGGAAUCCGAGAUUUUCGUGAAUGGUGGGUUUGAUUUGAGUGACCAAAGGAGGAGUGGGGGUGUGAGUCCGGUGGCACUUUUGUCGUCGACUAACUCCUCGCAUUUGAAUAACAAUGGCUAUGGUUACGGUGCAGGAUAUGAUCCAGAUAAGAGCUACAUACGUCGGGGAAAUGGAAGAUUAACCGAUGUACGUGAAUUCGCAUUGGAUACGGGCCUUGAUGCUGCUUUGCAAUUCGACCUGAGUGAAUUCGGGAUCAUCGGGUCAGGGAAAGAUAGAGAUAAAGACGGGAAGGAAGUGAGAGGAGAAAGAGAGAGAACCAUUACUGGUGUCAGUUUGGGGAAGAACUUGAAAAAGAAGGAAAAGUUGACGGCUUGCUCUUUUCUGCCUCUUCUCUCACCCUUUGCCCUUUCUCCUCCCUCUUCUCUGUGA